CUUGAGCAACGUAAAAUAGAUCAUAUUGCAAUGGCAUAUAAAGUAGAUCCCGGUGGUCGUUCCCGUUUUGCAAAACUUGGAAUGGCGAUAAAUGACGAACUUACCCAAAGUUGCAGAGAUAUUCUUGAAAUGGAAGUUCCUCCUGCACUAAUAUUCAGAAAAGUAAAAUCCUCAUCGCUUUAUCAAAAACUGCGACCUGAUCAGGAAUUGAUUUUAAGAAAUGCUGCAAAGUCUGGAUACAAUGAAUUUGAUUGCACAUUACUGUACAUGUUACUAAGAAAUAUCUGCUCCAAUUUUAAAAUACCAACUAAGGGCUGGGGUGGUAAUGUGAUGCCUGCAGCCGGAGAUGUAAUGGUAGGGGAUGACAUUGAGAGGAUACGCCUCAUCCGGAAUAAUGUUUAUGCGCACGCGAGUUCAGCCUUUAUUUCCCAAAAAAUCUUUGACGAAAAUUGGGCUAUUAUAUCCGAUGUUUGUAAGAGACUUGAAACUUUUACCGGGAAGAAAUACUGUGAUGGCCUAAAUAAAAUUCUGGCACAAUCUUUCGACGAAGAAGAUGAAGAAAACAUAAUAGAAAAAAUUAAAAGUGAUUGUGAAAAUGAUAAGUCAGUGCGAGAUGUAUUGUCGUCUCUCUUGGCAAUGAUGAAAGAAUUCAGAGCGGCCAAAAGUUCUAAGAGAGAAGGACGACGAGUGAAGGUUCUUUCUAUAAGAUUAAAAGCGAAAGAAAUGCAAAAUAACAGUCAAGCUAUCACAUUGAGUAGCAUGAUAAAAGAUACACUCAAUCAAAUGAUGGACGCAAUCAACAAAAAGUCAACAGAAGAGGAUAUUUGUAAUCUCCAAAGCAGUUUUGAAUUAUAUAUGGAUAGUAUUUCAUGCGAUGAUGAUAAAAAGGCUGCAAUGAAUUUGCUUGAAAAAAUGAAAAAGACAAUUCACAAAUAUGCACGAAAGCACCCAGACAAAAAUGUUGCUAUUCUCAAUAAUUUUGUGAGGUUUUUAUCCACUCUCCAACAAAAGUACAAGCUAAGUGAUGUGCAUCUUGAGGAUGGAAGUAUUCUUUUCCGAAUGACAUUUGCAUCAGAAGAUGGGUACAGUAGGUUCAGUGAUGAUAUGAAGAAAGGCAUAGUAAACCAAUGCUUAAUGGAUUUUUUCAGUGAUCCAUACAUCCUCUCAUUAGUUGGUCUUGCGGAGAAAGACAUCGCGAUUUCUAUUACAGAUUUAAACGAAAAAGAGUGGAAGAAAAUCGAAUUGCAUUCAAUAAAGGAAAGAGACAUAGCACAACGAAGUGACUCUGAAGAUUCUUCGGAUGAGUCAUUUGUCGAAACCUCUGCUGGAUAUCGCAAGUUUGAAGAGGCAAAACAAUGUGCUUUGGAUAUCUUUGAUAGUGUUGGGAACCUCCUUUCAAGAGUGGAUGAUGUUUUUUCUGGUACACCAGAAAAUAUUCGAGAUAUUCGAGAUAUUUUUAAAGAAUGCAGGGAUAGGAAGAGUUGGUUUUCAGAAAGCCGAAAAGUUUUGGAAAAGGAAAAGAUGAAGGUCGUUGUAUUGGGCAGCGCAGUUCAUACAGUCCGGCUCUUGCUGUCUCCUGUAGUACAGCUCUUGAUGGCUCCCACUGUCGCUUUUAAUGACAAAACAAUAUCUAAAGCCAGGAAAGACUUGUUCAGUCACGUCUGA